AUGCUCGGCUCAACUCGGCCACAUCUUCCGCCUCCUCCGAGCAGCACUCAUGGCAAUGGCUACGUACCUGGACCUGGACCUGGACCUGGAUUAUAUGCAGGCUCGGGACCAUAUGGGGCACCUCCCAGCAGUCAUACAAAUGGUCUGAGGCCGGUCUCGACGGUAACGCCAAGCGGGAGCAGCAGCACGACAACGCCAGCGACAGCAUCGCUAAAUGGGACAGACAAUACGGAGCCUGAUAUUGGUUCUACUGACCAUGCUGCAUUAAAGAAUAGGAGAGAAAGCAUUGUGCAGCUCUUUGCGAAGUUGAACCCGGCUCUUAACGAGGAAUCGGACCUGCUCCUCAAGAAUGUUGUUAACCUCUUUGAAGAUCUCUCGAAGCGGAUCGAGAAGAUUGAAUCUGUCAGGCCUUUAUUAGAGCCAGGGAAGGAACCUCCCCUACCUCCUACAGAAGAUCAACCGGCUCAAGAGAUUGAACAGACAACCAAGUUCUUCUGUGUUUCCAUCCCAUCCGAACUCAGACAGUGGGACAAUCCAUCGAAACACGUAAUCGAGGUGUUGUACAAACGAUCCGAUGAUUGGGUUGCCGAAAACAACUCUACAGCAGUGCCAGACCCAGGCAACGUUGUAGUGCUGGAAGUUCGAAUUGAAUCUAAACCGAUAGCCACAUUCUUAAACAAGAUGACUGAGACUACAUUGACAAAGGAUGGACACCUCGUUUUCAGUGAGCCCUUUCGCCUGUUAAUACGCCAGGAGCAGAGUAUCCAAGAGCACAUUAGAAAGCUUGUGAAACAAAUUGACGCUCUACCAGAAGCCAGUGAAAACUCGGAGAACGGAACAACUGUACGCAAGUCUCAAAGUCACGGCUCAACGUUGGCAUCCGAUGAUAAAACUUCCCCAGCAAAUCCUGAUGAAGUUGUUGACGGACGAAAGGCGGAAGAUGCUGAUUCUCCAGUAGAGGACAACGUCCAGGCUCUGGACCAUUUUAUGCAACUCCAUCACAUCAUUGAAUCCUAUUUCUCUGAACAGCUCACAACGUUGAAAAAUCUAAAGGGAUUGACACAGACUCAGAUAUCCUUUGAACAACUGUGGAUGCUCUUCGAAUCUGGAACGGAUAUCUAUUGUCGAGCUCGGAAGGGGGGCCACAAAUUCAUCGAUUCACCCGAUAUGCCAACGGAGAGACUAUGGACUCCCCAAUCUUUUCGUAUCGUCAGUACCAUGGGUGGCGGCCGAUUGCAAACUUUUCUACACCGGAGACUAGAGAAGGCCUUCGCAGCUGAAACGGUCUCAACCAGCACAAGGGAUUGUUUUGCGGAUUUCUCUCUCCAAUGCUAUUAUAUCGAAUAUACGGGCUCCGGAUGGCAACCUGUUCUGGAUCACAUAGUUCUCAAGCCGUUUGAUGGACUCAUGGACAUUACUGAUCUGGAGGCUUAUCCUAUUCAUUAUCGAUCGCAGCUGAAAGAAUCUGUUGAUCCCCACCAAGAUCUACUUGAAAGAGGACAAAAGUAUGUUAAUUUGACACAAAUUAGCCACCUGCGCUAUGAGGGUCCCACUGUUGGUGAUAGUAGUGAAGAGAUCGCUAGCCCCGUCAUUAUCGACAUGAAAACAGGCUAUCAAGCGAGGAACCAGGAGAAGUUUCCCCUCUCAUUCAGACCUACUCGUUUUGAUCUUUCUAUGGAAUUGGAACGGAGCGAGUCCUGUGAGGUCACUGGUAAUGGUCACGGAUGUGCAUUAGGCUGCUGUACAGGAGUGGGCAAAGAUCAGUAUAUGGCGCACCAGAAGACUGUGCUGAAUAAAUCCUUGGACCGUCUCUUGAAAGACCUAGAAGAAUUGGACAACAGCACGAGACGCAUUCAAGUGAAUCCACAACAAUACCUGAAGGGGCUGACUGAGAAAAAUCUUCUCCAUCUUCUCCCCGGCGUGGUCGUAGGCUACCCCCUGCGGAACAGGAAGUGGGUGAUGAUGAACUUGGACCUUCUCGAGGAGAUGAAGUAUAAUGCCUUGGAUGGAGGUUGGGAUGACCUUGUCUUGCCAGACGGUCAUAAAGAGAUGGUACGAGCGAUGGUGGAGAAGUUUGCCGAUAAAGACAAAGCGAGCCCCCGAGGCAAAUUCGAAAAGUUCGAAGCGGAUCUUGUGCGUGGCAAGGGCAAAGGCUGCAUAAUCCUGCUCCAUGGUGUACCCGGGGUCGGCAAGACCUCAACAGCUGAGUGUGUCGCAGCAUAUACUAAACGCCCUCUUCUUCCCAUUACAUGUGGAGAUAUUGGCUACACUCCAGCUGAGGUCGAGACUUUCCUCGACUAUAUCUUUACGCUUGCGCAUAAAUGGGGAUGUGUCCUCUUACUGGAUGAGGCUGAUGUCUUCCUUGCGAAGCGUCAAAAGCAGGAUGUCAAACAUAAUGGCUUGGUAUCUGAGUACUAUUCAGGCAUAUUGUUCCUCACAACCAAUCGAGUGGGAGCCAUCGAUGACGCAUUCCGAUCCCGCAUUCACCUGACACUGUUCUAUCCUCAACUUGACCGCAAUCAAACCAUUAAGGUUUGGAAAUCAAACAUCAGGCGAAUCAAAGAGUACAACAAAUACCGUGCGAAAUUAGGUCUCCCAGUCAUGAAAUACGACAGAAAAGAACUAGUAGCAUUCGCGGAACGGCGUUUCGAGAAGUCACUACAGUGGAACGGCAGACAGAUUCGAAAUGCUUUCCAAACUGCAAUUGCGUUGGCCGAGUAUCAAGCGAACGAAAAGGCUGACAAGGGAGAUGAACAAAAUGCAUCGCCGUAUCUAGGCCUUGAGCAGUUCAGAACCAUUGCCAAGGCCACAAAGAUCUUCGACAGGUAUUUGUUUGAAAUGUAUGGCGCGAAUGAGGAUACGCGAGCAGCACACCAGGGGAUACGCACGAACCCGAAGAAGCUUUCAAUGAAGGCCACUAUCGAUUCCGAUGAGACAGGCGCCGAUGUGUCACAAACCUCCAGCGAAGAAAGUGACGAUGACAGCGAUGGACACUCUGGGCCCAAGUCAUCACCUAUGGCAAAGAAGAAGAAAUCUGCCAAAAACAGCGAGAGUAAGAAGGUCUCGACUCCAAAGAAGCGGUCGAGUAGUGAUGCCAAAAAGGAGAAAUCCAAGACUAAAGAUAAGAAACAUCAUGAGGGAAGUAAGAAGGGCAAACCGAAACAGGAAGUGGACUCUGACGGCCAGGAAAGCAGCGAGAACUCGUCUCAAGAAGCUAGUUCGGAUGAAGGCGAGAACUAG